AUGCAAUUCCUAAGCGCACUCGCUUCCAUCACCCUACUGGUGUCCUUUCCUCUUACCCUACAUGCACAAAACGUUCCUAAUGAUUAUAUCAUUAAAGAAUAUACGGACCCUUCUAAACCCUAUCUGCAGGUCCUCGAUGCGAAAGGGAAAGUUGCUUACACUUUCGAGAAAGCGUACAAUUUCCCAUCCCAAUUUAAGAACACGGUCACUAUCGCGGACCCAUCUCUCAAACCGAUAUUUUCUAUGGUCUCGAGUGACGACCAAUGCAGAUUAAAGACACACUAUGCUCAGCUCGGAGGUCCCGCUGCUAAAGACAACUUGCCGAAGCGAGAAUAUAAGUAUGACAAUUCACGUGCAAUUGGCAAAAUUCUCUGGCGCUUCAGCUUCUAUUCCGAUGGCGCAGGUGCCCGGGAAUACUACAAGUUUGAACGAAAUCGUACAAACAAAGGAGGUCGAAUUUAUAAGGUGGCCGCGGGUCAGCCUUCCCAACUGGUAGGCCUGCUCAGAUUUCAAGUUCGGCGCGAUAACUGGGUGGGUCCUGACACUGUCAAUGGGAUCAAGACUUUUACUCUUUCAUGCAUCGAUGGUGCUCCACUGCCCGAAUUGGUCACCUUGCUGGGUAUGGUCUUUUAUCGAUGCUGA